AUGGAAUUUAGCGCGGAGGUAACAGACGAGCGCUCGAGCAGCGGGUCGGGGCGCGCGGUUGGCAUGGCCGAUGCGUUCGACUAUUUAACGCAAUGCUUUUUCUGCGGCGGCGACGCGUCCGAAACGUUCGCCCGGCAGGUGCUCAAGCAGCCGGCCUCCAAACGGCAGAACUACGUGGCCAGGGUCAGCCACUCGCACGUGGCGGACAAUCUGUACUGGACCUCGCUGGAUUACCCGGACUCCGAGGUUGGCGAGUUCCGGAAGAGAAUAAAAGACAAGGAUUUGGUCGCCCUCCGCGCCCGCUACCACCUGCACUGCUCCACCAGGUUCCGCUUCCCGCGGCGGCCGCGCGGCGCCGGCGCCGGCGCCGGGCGCGGCCGGCCGCCCGACGAGGACCUGCGCGCGGAAUUCGAAUCCAUCUACAACCACAUACACGACAAUUGGGAAGACUCCCAGUUCGACCUUUCCGACUUCAACUUUACCGGUUCCCUUAGGACUUUUGUCCAAAAAAUUGAAGAUCGUUACGGUGGCGUUUUGAAGAGCAAGAAUAAUUUCGUCGUCGUACCGCCCGCUCAAGAAAUAUUGAAAGAAAAAUGGCACGAGGAGAAGCUUGAAGAUGAAAGAAGCGAGCGAUUGAGAAUAGUUAGAACGGCUGCAAAUAUAAUCUUAGAAGAUAUCAGAUCUAUCCUCUUUGAUACAAAUAACUAUCCGCCUCCAUCUUCGUUCUUGGACGAAGUUAACUCCGUGAUACCAGAAACUCUGAAGACUUUUGUAGAAACCGUCGUCACGAAGUAUCAAAAGAAUCCAGAGCCUUUAAAGAGUACUGUGACGGCUUUAAGUCAUUCUAUAAUGACGGCAGCGAGGCCGAGGACUUUCAAAAGCCCUCUACUUUUAGGGAUCGGCAGUUUAAUACAUCAGAAAUAUGCCUCGAAGAGUUUAAUAGAUCUGUUAUCGUCUGUAGGGUUUUGUGCUUCGUAUAAAGAUGUGCGUCAGUUAGAAGUAGCAAUGGCUUCCAAAAGUGUCUCACAGUCUCGUCCAGAGUUUACCCAGUUCGUUUUUGAUAGUGUUCAAAGUGAUAAAGGACCUUUGCUUGUGGGCGUUCAGUGUAACACACCAAAAACCAAAGAUACACCUAUAAAACUACAAGAGAAUAUUUCUGAUUUCAGCAAGGUUAAAUAUAAAGCAACAUUGAAGAAAUACCGCCCCAAGUCUAACCUUAUGAAUGUUCUAAUAGAAGACCAUAGAGAUGACACGGCGAUACUCCCAACUAGAGGUGAUGCUCUAUGGUUGUUUGGGAAGAGCGAACCGUCUCUCAACAUGCCUGGAUGGGAAAAUUUCAUUAGCAAAAUGCCAACAGAAAAAGAACACCAAAUAUCAGAAAUUCGUCCUUUACCAGUGAUAGAAACCCCGCCGUCAAGAGACGCCAUUUAUACAGCACUUAAAGAAGCUCAGAAGAAAACUAAAGGAACAUGUUUAGUGACGUUCGAUCAACCGAUGUACCAAUUAGCUCAGAAAAUAGUUACAAAUCCCAGUAGUUUAAUGCUCGAUGUUGUUUUGAAAUUGGGGGGUUUUGAUUUGAUAAAAUCGUUUCUUGGUGUUAUAGGGUUUAUCAUGUCUGGGAGUGGAUUGAAAGAGUUGUGGUGCAGUAUUUACGCUCCAGAACAUAUUGAGAAAAUGAUGACAGGACAUGCUUUCCCUCGCGCUGUGAGAGCACAUUUUUUGACACGCUCAGCUCUUUUCAAUAUUAUAACUAAAGAUUUCGACUUGACAACUGAAGAGAGAUUGGAAAUUGAAGGGAUUUUAGAAGGACACUACAUGCCAGAAUAUGAAAACGAGAAAAAUUAUCAGGAACCACUGGCGAUAACUCUGGAGCUGCUAGAAAAGCGAGGCCCGACUGCCCAACUGUGGGUCCAAUACUUCCGUAUGACAACCCUCGUCGCUCAGUUCAUAGAGGCUGAAAGGGCUGCCAAUUGGGAUCUUCAUCUGUCAUCAAUAAAAAAGAUGCUACCAUAUUUCCACGCUGCUGGAUACUUUGAGUACGCAAAAUCGUGUAGCUUGUAUAUACAAGACAUGAAAGGGCUUGAAACAAAGAUGAACGAGGAGGAGUUUGAGAAAUUUACGAAAAAAGGAUAUUUUGCUGUCAGAUGGACAGGGAAUUUUGAAUGGCCUGACAGAGCAGUGGAAAAGACUAUGACAUUGUUGAAGAGGCCUGGAGGAGUUACGAAUGGAACAAAAGUCACUGACGAUUUUCUAGCAAACUGGCUUUUUGCAUCUCCUCCACUGAGCAUAGUAUCACAAGUAGUCGAAAAUUUCUGCAAACCGUCUGAAAUUGAGCCAAAUACCAUGGAUAAACAAGACUCAGCAAAAUUGCAGAGUUGGUUUGAAGAACACAACCCCUUUGCUGAAACUGGGAAUCUCGUUGCUCUCAGCAUGGACACAACAGGAAAGGAUCUUAACUGUCACGAGGCCGAAAUGGUUGGGAAGCAAAUAAUGAAAGAAACAAUUGGUCAAAAGUAUAGAGAUGUCCGUUAUGAAAGAAUUCAUUGCGUGCGUCCUCUAUCCGUCGACAAAUCUAUUGAAAUCGAGGGCUUACACGUACCUAUAGAGCCUGAUACUAUUUUAAAACGUAUUUACAAAACUUCCGAAGAAAAGCUUAAAUCUUUCUUUGAAUAUGAGUUGGCGCCGUAUCCUAUGUCGUUGUUUGAUGACCGAGGGAUAUCGGAAUCGAAUAAGUCUUCCUUAUUCGAUCAGUUUCUUCCAGUGGAAAUAACAGAUGGGGACAACCGCUUUUAUGUAUUAGAUGGCGAAUUCCUCUUGCGCAAAGUUACUUGGAAAGAGGGCGCCACUGUAUCAAAUAUCUCCUGCUCGUAUGUCGAAUACGUGAAAACGUAUUUCAAAAAUGUCAUUGUCAUAUUUGGUAGCAACAAAGCAUCAGACACUGCAAGGCGUAGCAAAGUCAAGAAAAGUCCAAUUGUGGAAUUCCAGAAAGAUACAGUAUUAACGGUUGACAAAGAUAACUUUUUUGUCAAUGAAAAGAAUAAAGACAGAUUUAUACAGUAUCUGAUAAUCGAUUUCACACGCUCCGGUAUAAAAAUCAAGUUGAAUACCAAUGAUUUACAUUCUAAUAUCGUUCAAACAGCCAUCGACAAUGCUUCCACGUACGAUAAAACGUUUAUAGUAAGUGACAACGCAGACUUGCUACUUAAAAUGUGUAUUAUUUCAAACAAAGACAAUGUAUAUUUCAUGAAACCUUCAAAAAACCCCACGUACUUCCACGUAGAUAGCUUCAGCAGCAACAAAAUUAAGCUUAGCAUGCUCUUUUUACAUGCUGUAUCCGGCUCCGAUUCAACCUCAUCAAUUUUCCAACAAGGAAAAACACAGAUAUACUCAGCGCUGUCCAAAAUGCAUAUGAAAGACAUUAAAAACCUUAUGACCAUUUUCGCAAAUCCCACUUCUGAUAAAAACGCUAUAGCGGACGCAGGGAUAAAUUUCAUUCGACGUCUGUACGACGAUCAAAAUAACGAUGAUGACUUAAAUAUUCUCAGGUAUAACAGAUUCUCUAAGAGUGUCACUAGAAGUAGAUAUGAUCUGGCAUGUAUACCGCCUUCCAAAGAAGCAAUAAGACAGCAUAUGUAUAGAACUUAUCAUCAGAUACAGAAAUGGCUUGGAAAUGACUUGCCUCCAACGGAAUGGGGAUGGAAGUUAGUCUGCAAUCACUUAGAACCGAUAACAUUUUUAGCUGAAGUCGCUCCCAAGGGGUUAUUGGAGUUAAUUAGUUGUCAAUGUGAUGGUGUGUGCUCUGUUUACUGUCUUUGCAAGCAAGUAGGUUUGGAUUGUUGUGUGCUGUGUAUUAAUUGUAACGGGAAAUCUUGCCAUGGAUUAGACAUGGCUUUAGACUCAUCAGAAACGGGUUUUAAUGUCCUUUUAAAGUGUGAUGCGUAUGGGAAUCCUAUAGAUUGCUUUGCGGUUAGUAAAGAGGAGGAUGAUGAUAACGAAAAGGAGCCAGCGGAGUCUGAGUCAGCAACGCCGAGACCGAAACGGGUAAAGAGAGAGGCAAACGGUGAAGAAAUGAGAGAACAGGAGCUCGAAGAAGUGUAUAUACUUGAGGAGCAAGAUAGCUAGUAGUAAUACAAUUAUAGUAGGUAGGUAUUUGAUUACACACACAGCUACAUAAGUGCUAAAGGUAAUGAAUUAACGAAUGAGUGAAUAUGAUUGAGUGCACGAUCUUGAAGAAACUUUGGUCAAGUUGGCUUUUGAACUUGCUGUUGGUACGGUAAAAUUAACACUAAUUCCAAAAUUCCACCAUUAGUUACAUGAAUAGUUUAGAAUAAAUUGAAAAGUGGAAAGAUUACCAAACAACCAGCCACCAAGACCUCAUAGCCAGCAAAUUUUCCCACCUAUGGAAGGUAGAGUUAAGGAACGCAAUCUCCAUAGGCAGAACUUAUGCAAAAGUGUCCAGUGGUCAGCUAUAAAUAAUAGUUCCAAAUCUCCCCAGAGUAGCGCUAGAGUAGCUAAAAACCUAGGCGUUAUUGACGGAGUGAAGUGCGGGCUAUGAUUUGAUUUUUUUUUCAAGUAUUCAAGGUAUAUGGAGUACUUUUUGGUAUAUGGAGAUUCCAUUCCUUAUCUCCACCUUCCGUAUUUCCCACCAAUGUCAGUGAAUAGAAUAAGUAUGACGUGAGUAUGACCAUUGGCCGAGGUUUUCGACAGAAGGGUAAGCUCUAAAAGGCGACUCCGGUUGGUUAAAUGCUCUAAGUUAUGUUCAGAACAUUAGUAUUAGGGAAAAGUAUCAAUAAUUUUGCCCUCUAGAACCCAAUGUCUGCUUUAUGUUCAUUUGAUAGUCAAUUACAACUACAAAGGUUGGGGCGGGAGCUCGUGACUAAUUUACGCAUUGUUAAUAUUCCAGUUAUAGUCUAUUUUUUUAUCCCGUAGACUAAAGUGACGAUUUUUUACGUCUGAUAAAUAGUUAUGUGCUACAACCGGUACUAACCGAAAAUAAACUAUUGGGAGUUACAUGCCUAUGUAACACCAUUUUGAGGCAUUUAGAAAGUUUGGAUCCAGGUCUAAACACAAUAUUUUUAAUAUUUAAAAGCGAUUUUAUUGUAAGAUUAACAGUCACCUCGAAGCUCAUAAUGCAAUUUUUAAAUGUUUGAGUGGAUUAGUAGUGAGUAGAUUUUAUUUAUUGUUUACUUCCUGUCAUGUAGUGAAUAGAUUUCAUUCAUUGUUUAUUUUCAAUCUAAAACGAAUUUAAUAUUUAUCGACAAACCGGAAUCAAAGAUCAGCACUAUGUGUUUCAAGCUGGUCACAUUAUUUCUACGUUUGACAUUUGUGGUUGUCAUUUUAGUCUACGAAAUAAAAUAAAAAACAUACUGACUUGAGAAGAAUGUAAUUUCUUUAUUUUAUUUUUAGAGUAUCAUUUAAUACCUCAUAAGCUAAUUUAAGCCCCAUUUAGACGGUUUAAGAACUUGCACACAAUAUUUAUCAUAGGUAUGCAAGUUCUUGAGCUUUAGUCGACCAUUCUAUACCAGGCUGUACUUUUUCUAUUGUAUCUUAAGUACCCGCAGGUGUUAUAUAAGAUUAAAAUAAUAGAAACAAAUUGAUAAAA